UCACAAGGCUACAGAGAACCAGAGCAAAGAUGUCAAGGAUCUGGAGCCUGUUGGCUGCAACUGGGGUCCUUCUGGCUGUGGCUGCAGCCCAGCGCAGAGCCAGUAGCAGGAACAACCGAUGGGAAGAAAACGGGAGCCACAAGCGCUCUGCCUACAAGACUUGGAAUUCCCGAUUGUACCCCAGGUGGAGAGAGGGAGACCCAAGGCAGAGGAACUGCUGGCGAGGAGGCCGUGUGUCAUUUGACAUCAGCAACGAUGCCCCAACCAUAACGGGGGCCAAGGCCACAUUCAGCAUCGCUCUGCAGUUCCCUCACAAUCAGACAGUGCUGCCAGAUGGGCGCAUAGUGUGGAACCAGAACUGCUCCAUAAACGGUAGCCAGGUGAUGCAAGGAGACCCUGUUUUCCCUGAUCAGGAGAUUGACAUUUCUGAUGGCUUCUUUCCUGAUGGGCAGCCCUUUCCACGGCGUAAUCAGGGCACACGGGGCAAAUUUGUCUACGUUUGGCAGACCUGGGGGCACUACUGGCAGGUAGAAGAUGGUCCCUCAUCCCUGCUGACUGUUGAUACCGAUGAUGUUCCACUUGGUUCCUACACUAUGGAAGUGGAGGUCUACCACUAUCGGGGACGUGAGAAAUUCAUCCCAAUAGGGGGCACCUCUUCACAGUUCAGCAUCACUGACCAGAUCCCAUUCAAUGUGGACAUUGCACAGGUGAUGGAUGUAGACGGGACAGACGGCCGCUUUGUGCGAAACCGGGCCAUUUCCUUCGGUGUGCGGAUCCAUGACCCCAGCAAAUACCUGGGUGACGCUGACAUCUCCUACUCUUGGGAUUUUGGAGACCAGAGCGGGAUGCUGAUUUCCCGGGCAGCCCUGGUCACCCACACGUACCUCUCCCCUGGCACUUUCAGCCCUCGUGUGGUGAUCCAGGCCGCCAUCCCUUUGCCCUCGUGCGGAAGCAGCACUUCAGAAGGGCCGGUCAUCAUCCCCUCAACGGAUCCGAUGGGGAGCACAGUUCAGGCUACCAGUGCCCUCCCCACUGUCAGCAGCAUGGGUGGGGAAAGCUCUGAGGGCAUCCAGACUGCAGUCCUCCCGGCUUCUGGAACUCCAGCACCCCCAACUGAACAGCAGCCUGAACCAGAAGGUACGGAGGCAGGAUCCUUGGUCACUGCAGGGCCUGCUACAAUGGCCAGUGAGGCACCUGAAGAGGCAGAUUCACCUGCUGCAUCCUUGGAGCCUGUGGUUGUGGUCUCGGCCACCUCAGCUGGAGACACAUCAGCCUCUGUAGAUCCCCUGUCUGUGUCCACCGUGGGGCCUGCAUCUCUGCCUGCCACCGUGGCACCUGCUUCUUCAUCCGUAGUGACUCCCGAGGAUGACCCUGACACUAUAGGGUCCACAGUUUCAUCUCAAGUAGUACCUACAGCUGUGCCUCCAUCAGACACACUCUCUAGUGCAGCCAACACCCCUGCGUCUCCAGAGACACAAGAUCUUACAGAAGAUCCCGCAACACUUGAUCCAACCACAUCUGUGGUGCCUGACGCUGGAACAGUUGCAACCAAUGUGGUCCAGGUGUUGGUGAAACGGCAGGCGCCAUCUAGCUGUCUCCUCUACCGUUAUGGGACCUUUGCCACGGAUCUGGAUGUUGUCCAGGGAAUUGAGAGCGUGGAGAUCAUCCAGGUGGUGUCGCUGACGCCCAGCAUCUCUGAGAACACGGUAGACCUUACAGUGACCUGCCAAGGAAGCCUCCCUGAAGAAGUGUGCACGACCGUCGCAGAUGCUGAGUGUCUGACAGCCCAGCAGACCAUCUGCAGCCCGGUCCAGCCCAGCCCUGACUGCCAGUUGGUUUUGCGGCAGGUCUUCAACCAGUCUGGCCUUUACUGUGUCAAUGUCUCCCUGGCUGAUGCCAAUAGUCUGGCGAUGGCCAGCACCCAAGUUAAUAUCCAGGCAGGAAGAUCUCCAGCCUCAGCCCAAAUUACCCUAGUAGUUGGUGUGGUGUUGGUGGUUGGUCUCUUAGUUGCCGUUGCCUAUACCUACAGGCGUGCCCCCCUCCGUACUGUGAUUUCUGCCGGCACUUCCUCCAGGACCUGGUUGCCCAGCCGUACCAGCGUGCGCCUUUUCCUACGCCAAGCUUUUGGGAAGGGGGCUAGUGGGGAAAGCAGCCCACUGCUGAGUGGGAAUGUUAUCUAAAGAUAGAGGCAAAUGCCAAGGGACACACCUAAGCCUUGUCAGCUACUGUCCAUGGAGCCUGCACUGAGAAAGGAGACGGUGUCUUCCCCUGAAUUCUUCCACUCUAAACUGCUCUUCCCAGCACUGUUGUUCUUUUUUUUUUAAUUUCCAGCUAAGUAAACGCCAAGACUCCUUGAUGCUGCCAUCUCAGUGCCUGCCUGGGUGGGAGAUAUACAGACACGGUUGCAGUGUU